AGCACCACAACUGUGGGUACCACUACAGCGGAAAGCACCACUACUGUGGGUACCACUACAGCGGAAAGUACCACAAGCGAGAUCACAACAACUGAAAGCACCACCCCUGAGACCACAACUGCAGGUACUACUACAGCAGAAAGUACAACCACAGCCACAACAACUCCAGAAAGUACAACAACCGAGACCACAACAUCAGAGAGCACCACAACUGUGGGUACCACUACAGCGGAAAGUACCACAAGCGAGAUCACCACAGCCACAACAACUCCAGAAAGUACAACAACCGAGACCACAACAUCAGAGAGCACAACAACUGUGGGUACCACAACAGAAGAAAGCACCACAACUGUGGGUACCACUACAGCGGAAAGUACCACAAGCGAGAUCACAACAACUGAAAGCACCACCCCUGAAACCACAACUGCAGGUACUACUACAGCAGAAAGUACAACCACAGCCACAACAACUCCAGAAAGUACAACAACCGAGACCACAACAUCAGAGAGCACCACAACUGUGGGUACCACAACAGCGGAAAGUACCACAAGCGAGAUCACAACAACAGAAAGCACCACCCCUGAGACCACAACUGUAGGUAGUACUACAGCAGAAAGUACAACUGCAGCCACAACAACUCCAGAAAGUACAACAACCGAGACCACAACAUCAGAGAGCACAACAACUGUGGGUACCACAACAGAAGAAAGCACCACAACUGUGGGUACCACUACAGCGGAAAGCACCACAACUGUGGGUACCACUUCAGCGGAAAUUACCACAAGCGAGAUCACAACAACUGAAAGCACCACCCCUGAGACCACAACUGUUGGUAGUACUACAGCAGAAAGUACAACUGCAGCCACAACAACUCCAGAAAGAACAACAACCGAGACCACAACAUCAGAGAGCACAACAACUGUGGGUACCACAACAGAAGAAAGCACCACAACUGUGGGUACCACAACACCAGAAAGUACCACAAGCGAGAUCACAACAACAGAAAGCACCACCCUUGAGACCACAACUGCAGGUACUACUACAGCAGAAAGUACAACCACAGCCACAACAACUCCAGAAAGUACAACAACCGAGACCACAACAUCAGAGAGCACAACAACUGUGGGUACCACAACAGCGGAAAGUACCACAAGCGAGAUCACAACAACAGAAAGCACCACCCCUGAGACCACAACUGCAGGUACUACUACAGCAGAAAGUACAACUGCAGCCACAACAACUCCAGAAAGUACAACCACAGCCACAACAACUCCAGAAAGUGGUACCACAACAGAAGAAAGCACCACAACUGUGGGUACCACUACAGCGGAAAGCACCACAACUGUGGGUACCACUUCAGCGGAAAUUACCACAAGCGAGAUCACAACAACUGAAAGCACCACCCCUGAGACCACAACUGCAGGUACUACUACAGCAGAAAGUACAACUGCAGCCACAACAACUCCAGAAAGUACAACAACCGAGACCACAACAUCAGAGAGCACAACAACUGUGGGUACCACCACAACAACUGAAAGCACCACCCCUGAGACCACAACUGUAGGUAGUACUACAGCAGAAAGUACAACUGCAGCCACAACAACUCCAGAAAGUACAACAACCGAGACCACAACAUCAGAGAGCACAACAACUGUGGGUACCACAACAGAAGAAAGCACCGAAAGUACCACAAGCGAGAUCACAACAACAGAAAGCACCACCCCUGAGACCACAACUGCAGGUACUACUACAGCAGAAAGUACAACCACAGCCACAACAACUCCAGAAAGUACAACAACCGAGACCACAACAUCAGAGAGCACCACAACUGUGGGUACUACUACAGCGGAAAUUACCACAAGCGAGAUCACAACAACUGAAAGCACCACCCCUGAGACCACAACUGUAGGUAGUACUACAGCAGAAAGUACAACCACAGCCACAACAACUCCAGAAAGUACAACAACCGAGACCACAACAUCAGAGAGCACAACAACUGUGGGUACCACAACAGAAGAAAGCACCACAACUGUGGGUACCACAACACCAGAAAGUACCACAAGCGAGAUCACAACAACAGAAAGCACCACCCUUGAGACCACAACUGCAGGUACUACUACAGCAGAAAGUACAACCACAGCCACAACAACUCCAGAAAGUACAACAACCGAGACCACAACAUCAGAGAGCACAACAACUGUGGGUACCACAACAACAACUGCAGGUACUACUACAGCAGAAAGUACAACCACAGCCACAACAACUCCAGAAAGUACAACAACCGAGACCACAACAUCAGAGAGCACCACAACUGUGGGUACCACUACAGCGGAAAGCACCACAACUGUGGGUACCACUACAGCGGAAAGUACCACAAGCGAGAUCACAACAACUGAAAGCACCACCCCUGAGACCACAACUGUAGGUACUACUACAGCAGAAAGUACAACUGCAGCCACAACAACUCCAGAAAGUACAACAACCGAGACCACAACAUCAGAGAGCACAACAACUGUGGGUACCACAACAGAAGAAAGCACAACUGCAGGUACUACUACAGCAGAAAGUACAACCACAGCCACAACAACUCCAGAAAGUACAACAACCGAGACCACAACAUCAGAGAGCACCACAACUGUGGGUACCACUACAGCGGAAAGCACCACAACUGUGGGUACCACUACAGCGGAAAUUACCACAAGCGAGAUCACAACAACUGAAAGCACCACCCCUGAGACCACAACUGUAGGUACUACUACAGCAGAAAGUACAACUGCAGCCACAACAACUCCAGAAAGUACAACAACCGAGACCACAACAUCAGAGAGCACAACAACUGUGGGUACCACAAGCACCACAACUGUGGGUACCACUACAGCGGAAAGCACCACAACUGUGGGUACCACUACAGCGGAAAUUACCACAAGCGAGAUCACAACAAUUGAAAGCACCACCUCUGAGACCACAACUGCAGAGACCACAACAUCAGAGAGCACCACAACUGUGGGUACCACUACAGCGGAAAUUACCACAAGCGAGAUCACAACAACUGAAAGCACCACCCCUGAGACCACAACUGUAGGUAGUACUACAGCAGAAAGUACAACUGCAGCCACAACAACUCCAGAAAGUACAACAACCGAGACCACAACAUCAGAGAGCACAACAACUGUGGGUACCACAACAGAAGAAAGCACCAAAACUGUGGGUACCACAACACCAGAAAGUACCACAAGCGAGAUCACAACAACAGAAAGCACCACCCUUGAGACCACAACUGCAGGUACUACUACAGCAGAAAGUACAACCACAGCCACAACAACUCCAGAAAGUACAACAACCGAGACCACAACAUCAGAGAGCACCACAACUGUGGGUACCACAACAGCGGAAAGUACCACAAGCGAGAUCACAACAACAGAAAGCACCACCCCUGAGACCACAACUGUAGGUAGUACUACAGCAGAAAGUACAACUGCAGCCACAACAACUCCAGAAAGUACAACAACCGAGACCACAACAUCAGAGAGCACAACAACUGUGGGUACCACAACAGAAGAAAGCACCACAACUGUGGGUACCACUACAGCGGAAAGUACCACAAGCGAGAUCCCAACAACUGAAAGCACCACCCCUGAAACCACAACUGCAGGUACUACUACAGCAGAAAGUACAACCACAGCCACAACAACUCCAGAAAGUACAACAACCGAGACCACAACAUCAGAGAGCACCACAACUGUGGGUACCACUACAGCGGAAAGCACCACUACUGUGGGUACCACUACAGCGGAAAGUACCACAAGCGAGAUCACAACAACUGAAAGCACCACCCCUGAGACCACAACUGCAGGUACUACUACAGCAGAAAGUACAACCACAGCCACAACAACUCCAGAAAGUACAACAACCGAGACCACAACAUCAGAGAGCACCACAACUGUGGGUACCACAACAGCGGAAAGUACCACAAGCGAGAUCACAACAACAGAAAGCACCACCCCUGAGACCACAACUGUAGGUAGUACUACAGCAGAAAGUACAACUGCAGCCACAACAACUCCAGAAAGUACAACAACCGAGACCACAACAUCAGAGAGCACCACAACUGUGGGUACCACUACAGCGGAAAGCACCACUACUGUGGGUACCACUACAGCGGAAAGUACCACAAGCGAGAUCACAACAACUGAAAGCACCACCCCUGAGACCACAACUGUAGGUAGUACUACAGCAGAAAGUACAACUGCAGCCACAACAACUCCAGAAAGUACAACAACCGAGACCACAACAUCAGAGAGCACAACAACUGUGGGUACCACAACAGAAGAAAGCACCACAACUGUGGGUACCACAACAGCGGAAAGUACCACAAGCGAGAUCACAACAACAGAAAGCACCACCCCUGAGACCACCACUGCAGGUACUACUACAGCAGAAAGUACAACCACAGCCACAACAACUCCAGAAAGUACAACAACCGAGACCACAACAUCAGAGAGCACCACAACUGUGGGUACCACUACAGCGGAAAGCACCACUACUGUGGGUACCACUACAGCGGAAAGUACCACAAGCGAGAUCACAACAACUGAAAGCACCACCCCUGAGACCACAACUGCAAGUACUACUACAGCAGAAAGUACAACCACAGCCACAACAACUCCAGAAAGUACAACAACCGAGACCACAACAUCAGAGAGCACCACAACUGUGGGUACCACUACAGCGGAAAGCACCACAACUGUGGGUACCACUACAGCGGAAAUUACCACAAGCGAGAUCACAACAACUGAAAGCACCACCUCUGAGACCACAACUGCAGGUACUACUACAGCAGAAAGUACAACUGCAGCCACAACAACUCCAGAAAGUACAACAACCGAGACCACAACAUCAGAGAGCACAACAACUGUGGGUAGCACCACAACUGUGGGUACCACUACAGCGGAAAGCACCACUACUGUGGGUACCACUAUAGCGGAAAGUACCAAAAGCGAGAUCACAACAACUGAAAGCACCACCCCUGAGACCACAACUGUAGGUACUACUACAGCAGAAAGUACAACUGCAGCCACAACAACUCCAGAAACAGAAAGUACAACAACCGAGACCACAACAUCAGAGAGCACCACAACUGUGGGUACCACUACAGCGGAAAGUACCACAGGCGAGAUCACAACAAAAGAAAGCACCACCCCUGCGACCACAACUUCAGGAACUACUACAGCAGAAAGUACAACCACAGCCACAACAACUCCAGAAAGUACAACAACCGGGCCGACAACAUCAGAGAGCACAACAACUGUGGGUACCACAACAGAAGAAAGCACCACAACUGUCGGUACCACUACAGCGGAAAGUACCACAAGCGAGAUCACAACAACAGAAAGCACCACCCCUGAGACCACAACUGCAGGUAAUACUACAGCAGAAAGUACAACCACAGCCACAACAACUCCAGAAAGUACAACAACCGAGACCACAACAUCAGAGAGCACCACAACUGUGGGUACCACAACAGCGGAAAGUACCACAGGCGAGAUCACAACAACAGAAAGCACCACCCCUGCGACCACAACUGCAGGAACUACUACAGCAGAAAGUACAACCACAGCCACAACAACUCCAGAAAUUACAACAACUGAGACCACAACAUCAGAGAGCACAACAACUGUGGGUACCACAACAGAAGAAAGCACCACAACUGUCGGUACCACUACAGCGGAAAGUACCACAAGCGAGAUCACAACAACUGAAAGCACCACCCCUGAGACCACAACUGUAGGUACUACUACAGCAGAAAGUACAACCACAGCCACAACAACUCCAGAAAUUACAACAACCGAGACCACAACAUCAGAGAGCACCACAACUGUGGGUACCACAACAGCGGAAAGUACCACAAGCGAGAUCACAACAACUGAAAACACCACCCCUGAAACCACAACUGUAGGUACAACUACCACAGAAAGUUUGACAACAGGCACAACAACUCCAGAAAGUACCACAACUGCGACAACAACAGUAGAAAGCACCACAUCUUAUACCACAACUCUAGGUACUACAACAAUAGAAAGUACGACCACAGGCACAGCAACCCCAGAAAGUACAACAGCUGAGACUACAACCGUAGAAAGCAUCACAACUGGGGCCACUACAUCAACAGAAAGCACCACAGAUGAGACCACAACACCAGGCACGACAACAGACAAAGUAACCUCAGGCUAAUUCCAUAUCCAUGGGUCCACAGCUCAGAAAAAUUAAAGAUCCAAGUCCAGGGCCUUGGAUCUAUGCUUUUUCUUGAUGAUGUUACUUAUUUCACUCCCGAGAGAUUUCCACAAAGAAUUGCCUUGGGGUAAUAUUUAUUGUCCACAUUACACACACACAUACAAAAAAAAAAAA